AUGGGGACUGAAAAUCAAGUGAAAUCCACGUAUCCUCUUCACUAUUAUGCUUGGAACAACAAUUACAGUGGUUUGGAGGAGCUGCUUCAGCAAAAGAAGUACGACAUUGAAAUGCUGGAUCCACACGGGCGCACGCCGCUGAUGCUUGCAGUUGUUUUAGACCACUUGGAAGCUGCCAGGGUGCUGCUGCGUCAUGGGGCCAAUGCAUCGUUUGUCUCGAAGUUCUACUGGUCCGUGGCUCAGGAAGCAAUCGCCACUGGAGAUCCACAACUCGUAAAGCUGGUUCUUGUUCAUCGAGAUGCUCAAAUUGUGCGCCAUCAAGCUUUGAUAGUGUCGGAUUUACUUGGAAAACUGCGCGAAGCACCGGACUUCUACAUAGAAAUGAAAUGGGAGUUCACUAGUUGGUUACCGCUGGUCUCGCGCAUGUGUCCGGGCGAUGUGUGUCGUGUCUGGAAAUGUGGUCCGAAUGUGCGUAUCGAUACAAAUUUGAUCGGUUUCAAUGGUUCCGCUUCGUGGAUUCGAGGCCACCUGAGCUAUAUUUUCAGGGUUACUGAUAACGAAGCUGUAAUGGACGAAGUAAACCACACCGAUAGGGUGAUCUACCGGCACAACAUUGCCCUAACCGGGCGCGCUUCUGAUCCGAACGGCACGGGACCUGGAACCGGCGCAGGCGCGGCUGCUGCUGCUGCAGCUCAGCUGUUCGUUCGGGAACCUUCGGAUGAAGCAGUUGCCAGCAAACUGACACAACCCAUCUUCGUGACCUACCUAGAUACGGAUAAGAUAGAGUUUGAAAAAAGCAAGUCUGGUAUUUGGGGUUGGCGUACCGAUAGAAAGGAAACGGUGAAUAAUCACAACUGUCAGGUUUACUGUGCAUCAAAUGUACAGAUUGUGACAUUGCGCCGUACUGAACACUUGACCGAAGAGAACCUGCGUGAUCUUAAUCGUCGAUCAGAGGAGUCUGGCGGAACAGAUCGUACGGCUGCUGGUGGGCCAACUGAUAUUUUCUUCCCUGGUGCUGGACAUGUUAAUCCGCUCACUAGUCUACUGCAAACGGCGGCUACUGAGGCCCGAGAUAAACCGAAUUUGGAUGCUUCACAUGAAGCAUCCAGUUAUAAUCCAAACGACUUGAGUUUGGAACAAUACUUCAAUCCCGAUGGAACACUCAAAUCUGUGAUCGACGUCGGUCGUCCGAAAUCGAUGACAACCAAAGUCAAGACAUUCAAGGCCCGUCUGUGGCUCUGUCGAGACUUUCCUCUAUCUCUGAAGGAUCAGGUCAUCCCAAUAAUCGACCUAAUGUCUGAAUACAAUCCAUAUUUCCAUAAACUGAAAGAAUUUUUGACCAAGCAACUACCUGCUGGAUUCCCCCUUAAGAUUGAAAUUCCCCUCUACCACGUGCUGAAUGCCUGCAUCUCAUUCGGAAAUGUCUAUGGACAAGACAAUGCAGUCUACGGUGUGUCGACCGUACCUCUCAGUGGUGCCAACUCAUCACCAGGAGUACGCACAUCACACAGCGGCUCAGGUGACAUUACAAACCAGCCACUUAUCAACUCGUCUAAUGGAUCGGUUCCUGAGGCAGUGAAGUGUGUCGUGGACGAAAGUGUGUUCGACGUCGGUAAAGGUUAUCAUAUCAUCGUGGAAAACUCACCGGGUCAUUAUGGUGCGUUGGACGAAGAAGAACAAAUGGUUCAAAUGGCCGUACAGCGCAGUCUGAUAGAGUAUGGGGCGGCUGAAAACCUCAUGCACCGUGGUUACUCGCUGCGUAAGCGGAGCAUAAUCGAGGCCAGAGCGGACGAAUAUGUGGAACCGGAAGAAGCAUGGUUGCAGCAAGCAAUUGCAGCAAGCUUGAGUCUCGAUGGUGCGGAAAUUCCGGUUACCAGUGCAGACGAAGCUUACCUUAAGGUAUUAGAGGAAUCUCGCCGCGAACAGGAACUUGAAGAGCGACGUCGUCGUCAGGAGGACGAAGAGUUGGCUCGUGUUCUCGAACUUUCCACCAGGGAGAAGUGAUUUGCUAGGGCGCUUAUACAGUCCGGUCGAAUUCAUCCCCUCCCCACCAAUCCACGUACCCAUCAGUAUGUCCAUAUAUUUUGUUAUGCUAGUUACACAUACCGUAUACACAUAUCUUGCAGUCCUGGGAUUUUAUUCUCCAAAACGUGCAAGUUAUCCCCUUGGCCACCAACUGACAUCCAACUAAUUCAUGCAUGGAAGUUUCUUCUUAGUGGGGCCACUGACGUGUACCCCGCUCCCCCGGGUUUACCAUCUAUCUGCCCUGCACACGGAGCCCUCCUGUUACAUUAACCCACGAUUCACCCUCAGAUAAUCUGCAUUCGUACUCCACUUCCGCAUCCUCUUUGUUUUCGUUGACUUUGUUUUCCCACUUAUAAUUUCCUACUUAGUUGCUUCGUAAGGCCUUCCCUUCGCUGUCCGAAACUGGCCCACUGCACUCUAGUCACUAACACUGUUCAAGCCAGUGCAUCAUUUUGCUGAUCUUUCAGUAUUUUCAGGUAAUAUCUGAGUAGAAUACUACCAGCACUGUCCCUUCCAAUGUGUCUUUUUCUGUCUGUGAGUUAGGGACUUUGGUAAAACAAUG